GCGCGUCCGUCAGUCAGCGUUCGCGCACGAAUGCGACGGUACGGUCGUCGGUCAUCGUGGCGGGUUUUUACUCGGCGCCGCGCUCACGGGAGCUCCAGCUCGGGAGAGCAGAGCUGACGUUUCUACGUGAAGCGGGAAGAGAAAGUGGUUCACCCGCACCUCCAUCUCUCUUCCUCUCCUUCUCUCUUUCUCUCUUUCCUUUCUUUCGCACACUUUCUCCCCCGCGGCCUUUUUCUUUCUCCUCCCGCGUUUUCGCCAGUUCACCGAAGGCGUUCCGCCGGGCAUCCGUGCAACCGCUGGGGCUGUGACCUGCUUCCUCACUCCGUUCCUCGCAGCGGUCCGACUGGCGGACGUGCACCCGCAGCCAGCUGAGCUGAAUGUUACACGUACUCCUUCUGGGUCAAUGACCGCGCCGCGUAUGACGCACGUCAGGCAGAGAAAUGGCAGAAAUGAGCUGGAUGAGGCUGAUGGAACCCUUGGGUGUCGCCCAGGAUAUUGUGGAGUCGGAUGUGUUGAAACGAUGGGCUGACUAUCCCAUCCAGCACCGAUACACGGACUACUCCGACUCGGCUCGGGAAACGGCGCAUCACGCCAUAAGCCCCUUUCCCUGUCAACCGUCGCUUAACAACAAGCUCGCGCUAUGGACUGGAGAUAUCUCGAUAUUACAAGUAGACGCAGUAGUAAAUCCUACCAACGAGACGAUGGAUGAUAAUAGUCCUACGUGCCAAAGAAUAUUCAGCCGAGCUGGUUCUGCACUCAAGAUAGAAAUAUUUAAUGAAAUUAAAGAAUGCAGAACCGGUGAAGUGAGAGUAACACAGGGUCAUGGAUUGUCUGCUCGUUUUAUUAUUCAUACCGUUGGACCAGUUUACAAUGUCAAGUAUCAAACAGCUGCGCAAAACACGUUACAUUGUUGCUAUAGAAAUGUUCUACAAAAGGCAAGAGAAAUGGGAUUGCGUACCAUUGCUCUACCAGUAAUAAAUUCGGUACGGAGAAAUUAUCCUCCGGAUGCAGGAGCGCAUAUAGCUCUCAGAACUGUACGUAGAUUCAUGGAGCAAUACAGCGAUUCGUUAACAUGUAUUAUAUUUGUACUAGAGCCGUGCGAUCUUGGAAUAUACGAAGUCCUUCUGCCGCUUUAUUUUCCCCGAAAUUUGGCAGAGCAGGAUAACGCUUGCUGGCAGUUGCCGAAUGAUAUUGGCGGAACGGACGGAGAACCUUUACUUCCGGAUAGACAAAUCAGAAUCAUUGACAAUCCUCAGCACGCUUUGCAUGGCGACGAGACGGCGGAACUUUCGACACAAUUGGAGACUUCAGUCAAUAUCGGUGAGCAUGCCUUUGCGCAAAUGCAGGGUGAUUUGGACCGACAGAGACUUUUGGGAGAGAGACCUUUUGCCGAUCCACUGGCGGAUAUCAUGCUCAAGCAAAUGCAGCAUAAAGAAAGGUACGAAAGGCUUCUUAGGAGGGCGAAGACGGAGGACCUAACUGAGGUCUCGGGGAUCGGUUGUUUGUACCAGAGCGGCGUGGACCGGCAGGGCCGACCGGUGGUGGUUUUCGUCGGCAAAUGGUUCCCGGCCACCAAAAUCAAUCUAGACAAGGCCUUGCUGUACCUAAUACAAUUGCUGGAUCCUAUCGUGAAGGGAGAUUACGUUAUCGCGUAUUUCCACACCCUUACGGCCAGCGGCAAUUACCCUAGUUUACACUGGUUGCGCGAAGUCUACAAUGUGCUUCCCUAUAAAUAUAAGAAGAACCUAAAACAUUUCUAUAUUAUUCAUCCUACCUUCUGGACCAAGAUGAUGACGUGGUGGUUCACGACCUUCAUGGCUCCAGCUAUUAAGCAAAAGGUUCACAGUUUGCCUGGAGUAGAAUAUCUGUAUGAAGUUAUGCCGCCUGACCAACUCGAGAUCCCAGCGUACAUCACGGAAUAUGACAUGACGAUAAAUGGCCUGAGGUAUUAUCAACCGGACCACGUCUUGUCGUCGCCAUCAACGUCCACGUAAUUCGCAGGUGAAAAUGGAAGCAGCCAAGCGUCAAAAUCGAGGCCAGAUCGAGUGUUCUGUGCAUUCGUAUUUUUGCAGUAACACCGUGCGCCACUUAUACGCGUGAGAACCGUAAUACGCAUAAGAUUCGUGACCGCUGGUGUAUCUCGCCGGUUUUCGGCAAUGACUGCAUACGAUAAUCUACGAAAAAGUAAUUCGAUUCCGCAAUAACUUGAAGUCGAUUUGUCCAAGUGCCUCGUGAUGGACCGCUUAGCAGGAAAAAGGACGAAAGGACGAUCGGCCGCGCGAAUGUUAAUACGAAUAUUAACGAAUAUUACAAAAACAAAACAAAAAAUCAAGAAACCACUGCCCGCCUGCUUCUGACGUUGAUUGGUUCUUUUUACUCGUAUGCGCGCUCACGCAUAUGAGUUUUUACGUCACCGAAAGUACGAAGAUAAAACUUGGUACUGGACAAUCCAAGUUAAGAUAAAUAAUCGCGAGAAAGCUGGAUCGACCGUAUGCACAGCUGGAAGUGCAUUGUUAACAGAGUAUAUUCUCCUUAUCCAGUAUAAUAGAGCUAAUAAAUUACUAUUCGCUUAGAGCGAACAUCGGCUGCCAAAAUAUCAAUAAUCAGUAUUUUCAUCGUCGUCGUCGUUCGCAAAAACAAAAUCCAAAAAGCUGAAAUAUUAACCUCUCGCCCUUGUACAUAUUACGCUAUUCGUGGCAGAUUCUUAGCUUUAGUACUGCCUGUGAAAGCGGUAGAAGGGAUAAAGGAAAGCAUUUGACGACGCACUAGAAUUAAACGUCGGCUUAAUACAGACCGUCGAUCGCUUUCUGUUAUUUUCGUAUAUCAAUCGUUAUACAGCGAAGAGUAUCUAUUUGAUUAUUGUAUAUUGUCAAUAUUUUUUAUUAAUUCACGUCGUUGAUGAAGAGAUUGUGCUGCGCUGCCGCCGCCGCCGCCGCCGCCGUCGUACACAGCCGCGGUAUAUUUUCGAUAUACUAAUAAUAAAUCAUCGGCUACGAACAAAGAGCGGUUGGAUGUUUUACUGUGAUGUCAUGUCUUCGGCGCUCAGCAGAUUUCAUCAGUUUUAAAACUUUGUUUGUCUUUUCUCUUGCGAAGACUUCGACGCGAAAUGCAGAGAGCAGUUACCAGAAUAUUACCGUUGAGCGCCGAAGUCGUAUGCACGGGACAGUUCUAGAAUAGAAGAAGCAAUAAAUUUAAGAGCUUGCUCGCGAUGUAUUUCGGGAGGCAAAAAAAUCGUUAUCCCAGUUGUUAAGCAUUUUUAGCGAUUAAAGAAAUAAAUUAAAGAAGUUAAAACCUGUUAAUCGCGUCGAUUAGCCCAUUUCUCACGCCCGCCGAAUCACGAAUAUUUCGCGGCAAGUAUAGCGCCAUUUGUCCUCCGCUUUUCUUUAAUCUUUUGUCAAUUAGUUUUUGACACGACGAGAGAAAAAAGCUAUUUCGUGCUUAAUCGCGGAUGAGUUGAGAAGGCAAUGGGUUAAUUGACCACGCUACCUCCGCCGAAGAUACAAUCGUCCGUGUGAUCAAGUACAUAAGUGUUUAUACGUAUGUAAACAGUUAUGGAAUUUAAAAAGCGCUACUCGUAAUCAUCGUAUGGCUACAUUUAGAAGACGCAAUGAUUACACAGCAAUUAAAUGAACGCGCUAUGAUCAGUGAGUGUGUCUUAAUAUUUUACAACGUUUAAAACCGCGAAAUCACCUUUGCAAUUUUUCGGAAAUUUAUUAAAAAAUAUUUAUACGCUAUGAAUAUUAUAUUGCAUACAUUUACAUUUGCCAUUUUGUUCUGAGCUAAGUAUUAUUCUUUAGAUUUUGGUAAAUAAGAUUAUGAUAAUUAUUUAUUUAUAAUAAUUUUAUAAUAACUUCACUGCAAAUUCAAGUGUGUUAUUUUAGCUGAAGCUCUUGUUACACAUUUCUUGCCGUUUUAAAGCACAUUUCAACACGAUAGAACGUAUUAACUUGUAAUUUAAUGUAAUUUAACGUGUUAAACGACAUAAUUUAACACAUAAAGAAACAUGUAAAAAGAGCUUCAAUCUAAU